GCUAAUUUUAUAUAUAUAGUUGGGUUUAUGUUUUUCAGUGUGUAUUAUUUUGAAAUUCAAUGUUGAUAAAUGCAUCUGCCAUUUUGUUGCCCAGUCACCCAGUUUCAAGAGAUCCUUUUGUUGCUCUUCACAGUCUGCCUGGGACUUAAUUAUCUUGAGUAGUUUUGUAUCAUCUGCACAUUUUGCCACCUCACUGUUUAGCCCUUUUUCCAGACCAGUUAUGAAUAUGUUGAAUAGGACUGGUCCCAGUACAGACUUUUGGGGGACACUGCUGUUUACCUCUCUCCAUUCUGAAAACUGACUGUUUAUUCCUACCCUUUGUUUCCUAACUUUUAACCAGUUACUAGUUCAUGAGAGGACCUUCCCUCUUAUCCCAUGACAGCUUACUUUGCUUCAGAGCCUUUGGUGAGAGACCCUUGUCAAAGGCUUUUUGAGAAGCUUAGUACACUUUAUCCACUGGAUCCCCCUUAUCCACAUGCUUGUUGACCCUCUGAAAUAAUUCUAGUAGAUUGGUGAGGUAUGAUUUCCAUUUACAAAAACCAUGUUGACUCUUCCCCAACAAAUUAUGUUCAUCUAUGUGUCUGACAGUUUUGUUCUUUACUAUAGUUUCACCCAGUUUGCCCGGUACUGAAGUCAGGUUUACCGGCCUGUAAUUGCUGGGAUCACUUCUAGAGCCUUUUUUAAAAAUUGGCAUCACAUUAGCUAUUAUCCAGUCAUUUGGUACAGCUGAUUUAAAUGAUAGGUUGCAGACUACAGUUAGUAGCUGUGCAAUUUCACAUUUGAGUUCCUUCAGAACACUUGGGUGACUGCCAUAUAGUCCUGGUUUAGUUUAUCAAUUUGUUCCAAAAUCUCCUCUACUGACAUCUCAAUCUGGGACAGUUCCUCAGAUUUGUCACCUAAAAAGAAUGGCUCAGGUUUGUGAAUCUCCCUUGCAUCCUCAGCUAUGAAGACUGAUUCAAAGAAUUCAUUUAGCUUCUCCACAAUGGCCUUAUUGUCCUUUAGUGCUCCUUUAGCAUCUUGUUCAUGCAGUGGCCCCACUGGUUUAGCAGGCUUCCUGCUGCUGAUGUACUUAGAACUUUUUGCUAUCACUUUUUGCGUCUUUGGCCAGUUCUUCAAAUUCUCUUUUGGCCUUCCUAAUUAUAUGUUUACACUUCAUUUGCCAGAGCAAAAGUUUAUGCUCCUUUCUAUGUUCCUUACUAGGAUUUAACUUCCACAUUUUAAAGGGUGCCUUUUUGCCUUUCAGUGCUUCUUUUACUUUGUUGUUUAGCCUUGGUGGCACUUUUUUGGUUCUCUUACUAUGUUUUUUAAUUUGAGGUAUACAUUUAAGUUGAGCCUCUAUUAUGGUGUCUUUAAAAAGUUUCCAUGCAGCUUGCAGGGAUUUCACUUUUGGCACUGUACCUUUUUAAUUUCUGUUUAACUAAUUUCCUCAUUUGUGUGUAGUCCCCCUUUCUGAAAUUAAAUGCUACAUUGAUGGGCUGUUGUGGUGUUUUCCCCGCCCCAGGGGUGUUAAAUUUAAUUAUAUUAUGGUCACUAUUACCAAGAGGUCCAGCUAUAUUCACCUCUUGGAUCAGAUCCUGUGCUCCACUUAGGACUAAACCAAGAAUUGUCUCUUUCUUGUGGGUUCCAGGACUAGCUGCUCCAAGAAGUAGUCGUAUUUAAGGUGUCAAGAAACUUUAUUUCUGCAUCCUGUCCUGAGGUGACAUGUACCCAGUCAAUACGAGGAUAGUUGAAAUCCCCCAUUAUUAUUGAAUUUUUUAUUUUAAUAGCCUCUGUAAUCUCCCUGAGUAUUUCACAAUCACUUUCACCAUCGUGGUCAGGUGGUCUGUAAUAUAUCCCUACUGCUAUAUUCUUAUAAGAGCAUGGAACUACUAUCUAUAGCAAUUAUAUGGUACAGUUUGGUUCAUUUAAGAUUUUUACUUCAUUUGAUUCUUUGCUUUCUUUCAUAUAUAGUGCCACUCUCCCAUUUCGGUUCAAGUAUGAAAUACUGGUUUUGAACUGGUUUUUCAGUUCCAGUGUGAGUCCAGAUGGGCUAAUGAGAUCAGCAUCGGCCUGAUUGUCCCUGGGGCUGCAGGAGCAGCAUGGGGAGGCUCAGUCUUUAGCUGCCUCCAGCAGAGGUCUCUGGUGAUUGCUAAGGAAGAGAAGGCCAGUGUCAAUCUCUCUGCUCAGGAUUGUAGAGCCCUAGUGCUAGCUGAGUUUUCUGGGGCACAUGAUGCUGCCUCCAUUGUGCUCUGGGAGCAGCUGCUGGUCCCCAGCGGGGUCUGUGCUGGGACAGACCAUCAUUAAGCCCCUUUAUGCCAUCUGAUGGGGGACUUUUUCAUGUGGCUGGAACCAGCCCUUAGGGCAGACCUGGGCUCUGUUGAAGACUCCCCCAGGUCUCUCUCCUCACCUGGAAAGUGCUGGUGAUGGGCAGGAAAGUGACUGUGCACAAAUGGCCCAUCCUCACCCCAUCUGUGCUUCUGGGGAUCUGCAGAUCUGAGCUGCUUCCCUCAAUACGUUCUGUCUCACACUCCUGUUAGCAGUGGCAGUAGCUAUUAGAGAGGAAAGCCCACAGGAAUGGCAGGACAGUAACGAGUUCCUCCAUGCGGAAGUGAGAGUGAAAAGACUGGAAGGAGCAGCAGGAGCAAUAAAUGGGGAGGGAAGGUCCAGGCUCCCUGCCCUGCCCAGCUCCAUUUCCUGCAGCAUCUCAGGGCAGAUUGACUUUGCUGAGAAGAAGGUGAGGAGCAGGGAGAGGAAAAGCCAGUUCCUGCCUCUGCCUGGUCCCCAUGCUGCUGGGGGAAUGUGCUGCCCUGGGGACAGUGUCAGGGGGAUCCCCCAAAAUUGCUCAUUUGAUCCUGCUUAUUUCUGGGAUUUGUCUUAGAGGCUCAGUUAUUGGGAGGGUGUAAAAAGUGUCUUGUGGGUUUAAUCCUGGUGGGAGGGGUCAGGUCUGUGUUGUAAUAAUGUAACUGAGGGUUUUCCCACCAUGGCGGAGUCUAAAGUGUCUGUCUGUAGGAAAAGAGCCUGGGGGGAAUCGGGGUGUGAAAUGGACUAAUGCUAAUUCAGAAGCCUCCCCAGUUGUCCUCCUUACCCUGACAGGCUGCAGAAUAAUGACCAUGUUUUGCUCUAGAUCAUCCCAUCUUUGUGGGGGACAGGGAAGCGAAAUCGAUGUGAUGGAUCCAGCUCAGAUGCUAGUGACAUUUGAGGAGGUGGCUGUGUAUUUCACUGAGGGGCAGGGGGCUCUGCUGGACCCCAGUCAGAGAGCCCUCUACAGGGAUGUCAUGCAGGAGAAUUAUGAGACUGUGACCUCACUGGGACUCCCCAUUCCCAAACCUGACCUAGUCGCCCGGCUAGAAGCAGGGGAAGAGCCAUGGCUCCCGGAUUUCCAGGCCUCCGAGGAAAGGAAGCUCCCAAGCACAGCAGGUGACAAGACAAAGAGUGAGAACGAGGAGGGAAAUCCACAGCAGAAAUGUCCUGAGCAAGUGGAGCUGCAGGGGACAUUUUUUAGAAGAGCUGAAGAGAAUUUUUCCCAGUGCUUGGAACAGAGAAAAGCCUGGAGUAAUUGGCACAAGUCUGAGAGGAAGUUGGGAAACUGCCAAAGGAAGAAUGUGGAUGAAUCAAUUGAAUGUGGGGGGGCAGGCAGGGAUCCCAAGGAAAUCACAGCCCAGCAGACAAAUCGCAAGGAAAAUAAACCCUAUAAAUGCUUGGACUGUGGGAAAAGUUUCAGUCGGCGCUCCGUACUUAUUAACCAUAAGAGAAUCCACACAGGAGAGAGACUGUAUAAAUGCUUGGACUGUGGGAAAAGCUUCAGUCAGUGCUCAGGCCUUAUUAACCAUAGGAGAAUCCACACAGGAGAGAGACCCUAUAAAUGCCUGGACUGUGGGAAAAGCUUCAGUCAGCGCUCAGGCCUUAUUAACCAUGGUAAAAUCCACACUGGAGCGAGACCCUAUAAAUGCUUGGACUGUGGGAAAAGCUUCGAUCGGAGCUCAAAUCUUACUACCCAUCGGAGAGUGCACACAGGAGAGAGACCGUAUAAAUGCCUUGAGUGUGGGAAAAGUUUUAGUCAGCUCUCGGGCCUUAUUAGCCAUGGGAGAAACCACACGGGGGAGAGACCAUAUAAAUGCCUUGAGUGUGGGAAAAGUUUUGGUGUACCAUCUUCCCUUAUUAUACAUCAGAGGACCCACACAGGAGAGAAACCCUAUAAAUGUUUGGACUGUGGGAAAAGCUUCAGUCAGCGCUCACGCCUUAUUAGCCAUGAGAUAAUCCACACGGGAGAAGGACCAUAUAAAUGCCUUGAGUGUGGGAAAAGUUUCAGUGCACCAUCCGUCCUUAUUAUACAUCAGAGGACCCACACAGGAGAGAAACCCUAUAAAUGCUUGGACUGUGGGAAAAGCUUCAGUCAGCGCUCAGUCCUCAUUACUCAUAGGAGAAUCCAUACAGGAGAGGGACCAUAUAAAUGUCUCGAGUGUGGGAAAAGUUUCAGUGUACCAUCAGCCCUUCUCAUACAUCAGAGGACCCACACGGGAGAGAAACCCUAUAAAUGCUUGGUCUGUGGGAAAAGCUUCCGUCGGAACUCACAUCUCAUUAGCCAUGGGAGAAUCCACACUGGAGAGGAACCAUAUAAAUGCUUGGACUGUGGGAAAAGCUUCAGUCAGCGCUCAGUCCUUAUUAACCAUGGGAGAAUACACACAGGAGACGGACCAUAUAAAUGCCUUGAGUGUGGGAAAAGUUUCAGUGUACCAUCAGUCCUUCUUAUACACCAGAGAACCCACACAGGAGAGAGACCCUAUAAGUGUUUGGAGUGUGGGAAGAGCUUCAGUCAGCGCUCAGGCCUUAUUAGUCAUGGGAGAAUCCACACAGAAGAGAGACCUUAUAAAUGCUUGGACUGUGGAAAAAGCUUCAAACGGAGCUCAAAUCUUAUUAUUCAUCGGAGAUUGCACACAGGAGAGAGACCCUAUAAAUGCUUAGACUGUGGGAAAAGCUUCAGUCAACGCUCGGGCCUUAUUAGCCAUGGGAGAAUCCAUACGGGAGAAAGACCCUAUAAAUGUUCGGACUGUGGGAAAAGCUUCAGUCAGCGCUCAGUCCUUAUUAACCAUUUGAGAACCCACACAGGAGAGAGACCCUAUAAAUGCUCGGACUGUGGGAAAAGCUUCAAUCGGAGCUCAAAUCUUAUUACCCAUCGGAGAUUGCACACAGGAUAGAGACUGUAAAAAUACCUUGAAUGUGGGAAAAACUUCGGUGAGAGCUCAAAACAUCAGGACAGAAAUCAUAUAAGUGCCUCCACUGUGGGGUAAGUUUCAUUCAAAGAUCAAGCCUUGCUUCAUAUCAGAUACUCUACACAAGAGAGAAACCCCAUAGGUGCUUGGAUGAUGGGAAAAGCUUCAAUAACUGCAGGAAAAAAUUCAGUCUGAGCUCACACAUUAUUCCAUAUUCGAUAAUUCACAGAAGAAAGACCUUGAAUGUGAUGGAAGCUUCAUUUGGUGCUCACAUCAGAGACGUCUCCACAUAGGAGAUAAAUUCUCUCACUGCCUUGACUAGGGCUAGUCAUAGUAAAAACUCCAUUUCCCAAUUCCCACGCACCUCAGUGGCAUGUGGCUCCCAGGUAUCCAGCUGCCCAUGCUUGGGGGCAGGUUCCAGCAGCAGCUGACCUUGAGUUGUUCGGGGACCCCCUGGCUUUGCCUUGUUUAAGCAAACUGCAGGCUGAGGAGGAGAAGUACCGAUCAGCCCCUGCUGCAGCCCUGGCUGCUGAACUGAUGGGCCUUCCUGCCUCCUGCUAACCUGCUGGGGGAAGGGAGAGAGAAACUCCUACAGAAGUUCCCUCUGCCUGGAUGAAAUUCUCCCAUCUCUCUUCCCUUCCCAGAUGUGAUGCCCCUUCCAUGGAGAUGAGGGAAGGGAUACUUGAGCCAGGCCCCACAUUCACUCUGGACCCCUGUCCCCACUCCCCAUUUUCCAGCAGUCCCUGAGCUGGACUUCCCCACUUAUCUGGAAUUGGUCCCUGUGGGGUGAGUGUCCCUGGAGAUUGGCAACUCUUCCCCUCCCUAAAUCCACUAAGGUGCUAGGUUCUGGGAGAUCAAAUGUGAAGGGACCAGGAGGUAUGGGUUUUGGGGAGGAAACUGGGGAUUGUAUGGUUGGGGCUGGUGGAUGUGAGAUGCAGAGGGUGCUGGGGAAAUCCAAUGUUAGGGAUCAUGGGAUAAGAGAGAGUAAAGAGAAGAGAGCUGCUGCCUCUUACCACUCACUCCCUCUUUCCCUUUCCCUUCUCUCUCUGCAUUUGGAAAGCACCACUGAGAGGACUGAUUUCACAGGGUCCUUUGUGGAAUGCCUAAAGGCCUAAGGAUCCUGUUACCCCAAAAUUUGGACCCAAGGUGCCCUAAUAAUGGCCUCCCUAUAACUGCAAACCAGUUGUGAAUUUGGCCCAUCUCAAUGGGUGGCCUGCUGUAGAGGAAUUGCCUGUGUUUUAUCAUGGAGUGAGUCUCCAACCCUCAGCCGACUCCUCAGAACAGAUUAGUUCUGUUUACUCUGGGAGGAUAUGUAUACAGCCCUCCGCUCAAAGGAUUGACACUCAAGCAGUAAUCAUUUGAAAACAAAAUAACAUUUAUUUAAACAAAUGAGUUAGUGUACUUGAUAAUUGCAAAAAUACAAUGCAACACAAGCUACAGUAGAGCGACACAAUAAACUACAUGACUCAUAUAGCAGAUACAAUGUUGCACAAUUCAGUACACAGACCAAUAUGUAUAAAGCUUUAAUACAAUGUUGCAAUAUUUUAUCAACCUAUUACAAUGUAACAUACAGAUCCCUUAUACAUAUGUAUAGAACAGCAUUACAAUAUUACAUGUUAAAUUACAUUAUUAAGUAAUAACAUUCUAUGAGUGGUAAUCAGUGAAUCAUAGAAUAGGUGGGGUAAAAUCCAUUCAGACGCAGGCAUCUAGCUUUAUUUACAAUCAUACCCCUGCAUUCCUUAUAAUCAAGAGAGGUUUCAGAGAGUUAUGCAUACUUUCCUUUUUCUUAAAUCCUUCUGUCUGGUCUCAGUCAGGGCCGGCUUUAUUAACUGCGGGGCCUGAUUCAAAUACCCAGCAGCAGUCCGGGGCUUCGGUAGCACUUCAGCGGCAGGGGGUGCGCUCUGGGUCUUCCGUGGCACCACCGCUGAAAUGCCGCCGAAGACCACCAGAGCAGACCCCCUGCCGCCAGAAUGCCACCGAAAACCCCUGGAGCUGACCGCGGCUGGGUGAGUUAAAAAAAAAAAAAAAAAAAAAGCUAAAGGAGCCUAAGGUGCUGGGCUCUGGUGGGGGCCCAAUGCCAGGGAAUUGGGCGAAUCGGCCUAAAACUGGCCCUGGUUUCAGUCCUUCUGCUCUGUCAAAAGCAAUUCCAGUUCUUGAUGGAUUCUUUCUUCUCUCCGCUCUCUCGAUCUGCUUAUCUCCGCUCUUUGACCUGUUCUUCUCCGCUCUCCUCUCAUCUUCUCCAUUCACUUCACACCCACACUGAUGCCUGUCAGCUCUCUGCCUUAUAUACAGUUUUUGAGCCUUUCUGAUUGGUUGUUCUCUCAGUGCCAGUGAUAAGCAUAGUCCUCUCCUGGUGGGGUGAUACCUGUUCAGCCAAUCAGCUUUGCCUGUCAUUUGAGCUGGACCCAGCUGAGAACCUCCUUCUCACCUGACUGACCCCUCACUUCAGAUAAUUCGCCCUGCUGAAUUUUACUUAACUCCAGUUGCCUGCAUGCUAUUGGUCAAUUCCAACCUAAGUCCUCCAUUUUGAUUUUCUGAGGUAAAAUCAUUGUGGAUUUCUAGCUAACCUUACCUUAAACUAUCUCUAUUUAAUACUUGUAAAAAGCCUUAAAUCUACAACUAACUACAUUUUUAUGCAUGUCUAAACAUUGUGAUACCAUCACAACUUUUGUUAUGCUAAUUGGAGCAGGUGAAAUAUUUACAAUGUUUUUUUUCUCUGCCUGCUUACAGUUGUGUGGCUGAAUGCUCUCCUGAGAGACUGCUUUCCACAGGGUCUUUUGUGGGAGGCCUAAAGGCCUUGGGAUCCCACCUUUGCCUCCACAGCAUCAGCUUCCGAGGAAAAUGGUUGGGAUUAGCUAGUGAAUCUCAUCUGACGCUCACCCACUUUUUCUAAUCUAGACUGAUCAUCUUAUAUAUUCUAGACCCCCCCAUUAGCAAAGCAAUUAUUGGAAUCACUGAGUUCCCCAUUGCUCCUGGUUAUGCCAAAAACAUUUAUAUUUUGUCCCUUAGAGACCAGAACUAAAUAGAUUUUAAAAGUGCUUUAGCAGGGAUAGCAAAAUGUGGUGUUUUGGGGUUUGGGUUAUAUGAAAGGGAUGGGGUGAGUAGGAGGGAUUCCCUCUUCUUCACUUUACUGUCACACUCCACCCCAACACAGCAGCAUCUGUCCGCUCUUUGAGAGUUUAUCCUCUCCCCCUUUGACCUGAUUUCUUUGAUCCUGAAUCAGAUUCCCAAGGGCUAGAGCUGAAAGUGUCCCAGACCUAGAGGGGGAAUUCAAAUGAACCCCAAAACUCUGUUUUACCUUUCUCAGUUUAAAUCCCUGUUUAUAUUUAUUGGUAAAGUAGCUUCUGGGCUUUUUCCAGCCACGUCCAGAACAUUUGGAGAUGGGAGGAUUUGGGCUUUGGUUUGUUUGUUUCUUUUUUUCUUUCUUGCAUUAGGAUGAUGCUAAAAGUUUUGUAAAUGACAACCAAAUAAUGAGUAGGUGCUGAGUACAGGAGGUUUAGCCAUUUAAGAUAAUAGAUACAUUUGUUUUCCACAUUUUGGGAGUUAUAAUUCUGUGGGAUUUCACUUUAUGAAGCUGAUAGUGUUUUGUAGCCCACCUUGUAGUGUUGGUUUCUCUCUCUUCCUGAAGGCCAUUUGGUCACAUACUUUGAUAUUAGUUUAGUUUGACAGGAUGUAGUAUAGUUUAUUGAGGACUUCACGAGACAAAUGAUCAUUUGCCAGAAGAGUCCUUUCUUAUUUUAUUCUAGCCUUUCUUAAUCCUUUGUCAUGAGACCUUUGUGGUGUUUGAACUAGUGGGUGAGUGCUAGAUUCACACUGAGAGGCCGAGACUGAAAGGGGCAUGGAUUUCCUGGCUGAUCCCUGCAGAGAUGUGAUAUCCAGUCUGAGGGGGCAGGAUGGGAGGUGAGGGGAACAGAGCUGGAAAACUGUAGACUUUUCUCUUGAGAGCUAGAUACCUGAGGCUGAGAACUGUGAAUUGCUGCAUCAGUGCCAGAGAGAUACUGGAAUUGCCCUGUGAGUGUUGGGUGAAGCCCUCCCUCAAAUCUAAAUGGCUACAAAUGAUGCCCUGAGAGGAAUGAAGAGGGAAGGGGCCGUAUCUCCUGACUGGUGAGAGGACAAGCCUGGGAAGAAAGAAGCUGGGGAAGUCAGCAGGCCUGGUCCAGCCUUGAAGCUAGGCUGACCCCCAUCAUACAGGCCACAGAGAGAUGAGGAGCCUGACAACCCAGUUGGUCACCCCCUUCCCCCUAUACCAGUGUCCUGUGUUGGGAAGACAGCAAUUCUCUCUGCCCUGCUCACGCCACACUGCAUCCCUCUAAUCUCAAUGCCUUGGAUUCCCUGCCCUCAGAGUGUUUGCUUUGUGACUGGGUCCCAGCAUCUCUCCUGGAUUCUCUGCACUUUUCUACGAGUUUGUAAAUAUCACUAUGUUGCUGGUGCAUGGGGGAUUUGGGUGCAGCAGUGUACUGGGCUGAGGAUGAAAAGUACCAUGCUGAGCGGGGCUGGGAAGUGGGGAAAGGAGUCUGUCUUUGUUUGUCCUUUGAAAUAAUAAAGUAGAAUUUAGUUUCUCCUGCUCUCGGUGUUCUUUGUUUUGCAUUAAAUAUUCACCAGAUUCAGAGUGGCCGUUACAAGUAAAAGCAAUAUAAUCAUGGUCUGGUACAGAAAUGCACAGUGAGGUCACCCAUACAACUUUACCUCUGACCUGUCAUAGGCUCAACUGCAGGCAGUAUACUCUCAAAUGUAUGUAGAAAAAAUAUUGGUAAAGCGAUUCUGCUCUCUGAAUUGAAUUUCAGCUCGAGACCACCACUCUCUCAGCCUUACCACCUGCCUAAUUCUAGCUCAGACCCAUUUAAAUCAAGGGGGCUAUUGGCAGUAGUAAAAUUAGACAUAUGAAUAAGGUUUUUGCAAGACUGGGACUUUAGAGUGCUAGCUUUAGGAGUCUCUCUCUGUUGAUACUCAACGUGUUUCUCAUACCACGGCUUUCCCCAAAUUCAUUCUUGUCUAGCUACAAAAUAAUUGUGUCUCAGUUAAUAUUGUGAUUAUUUGUAAUACAGCAGCAGCCAAGGCUCCACAGCAAUCUUAACUCCUAUCCUCUGUUGUUCCUUUCUCCAUUACUGUGUCCUAUAUUACUUUAUUUUCCUACUGCUUAAUAUUAGAGUAAAGCUUAGAGAUUUCAUGAGCAUUUCCCAACCAUAUCCCCUGAAUUUCUAUUUUAAAGUUCUUUUGAUCAAUUGUGCCAACCUUCAUUCCAGAAGUAUAUUUUCCUCCCUACUCAGGUGGCAUCCAUCCCAUGAGGACAGUCCUCUGUCCAUGAAUGUCUCCCAGUGGUUGAACAUCCCAAAGCCCUUCUUAUAGCACCAUUGCCUGUGUCAUUUAUUGAUCAUCAUAAUCUUGUCUUGCCUUUGCUUUCCUCAUCUAGGGACAGGUAGAAUCCUACUGAAGAUCACCUGAAUCUCCAUUUCUUUAAGUGUCUUCCCCUGCCUGGUGUAGUCUCCCUUAAUGUGUUCCAGUGAGAAUCCAGCAAUAUUGUUUGUUCACAUGUGAAGGACCAUCAGUGGAUUAUUUCCUAUUUCUAUUAGGAUCCUCUUCCUCAGUCCAUAUCCCAUACCUUAGCUCCCAACAGACAGCACACCCUUCUAUUCUCCAGAUCAGCUCUGGUGGAAGGCCUCUCUAUUCUUAGUAGGGAGUCCCCAGUCAUGUGGACCUGCCUCUUCCUGGUGGUGGCUUGAUUCUCUGGCCUUCCUCUUGUUCUUUGUCUGCAAGUCUUCCGGGGGCUCCGAACUCUGGAUAUCUCCAUUGAUUCUUCCCUUUUUCUAAUAGGACUAGCUGUUCUUCUCUUCUUCCUUGCUCUCCCAUCCCACCUUCUGUUGCUGUCUGCUGCACCCAUCCUUCAUUUUCCAACUCAGCAAACCUGUUCCUGAACUCUAGUUCUCUUUCACUAGGCAUUCUUUUCCUGUACCUGGUUCUUGUAGUCACAUGCUUCCACUGGCCACUUUCCUCAUCCAGCAGUCUCCCCUUACAGUUCUCCAGUCCAGCUGGCAUCUGCCAGUCUUGAGCUUUCCCUGCAGCCUUCUCCUGCCUUCCCUCCAUCAUCUGCUCAAAUUCCCUUUGAAACCCCACUGUAGUUUCUGUCUGCAUCGCGAAACCUUGGAUCUUCUCUUCCAUCCGCUCUGUAAGGCGGUGCUUCAUAGAAACAAAGCGCUUCUCAGUUACCCACGCUGGGAUAAUGUACAUCUCGUAACUUCCACAUGUAUUGUCUCUUCUGCUUGUUGGGUCACUUCCACUGCUGCCUCUGUUUUUUCACGCCUACACUCCUGACAAGAAAAGAAAACAAAACA